AUGGUAGAACCUGUUAAGCUACGGUUUUUUCCGUUAUCUUUAACAGGGGAAGCUAAACUUUGGUUUAAUGGAUUAGAAGAAGGUUCAAUUAAUUCUUGGGAUGAAAUGAAAAAAGUUUUUGCAAAUAGAUUUUUUCCACGCGGUUUGCAACAAAAAUUGUUUAAUGACAUAAGAACUUUUAAGCAAUACGAAAAAGAAAACUAUAUCGAUUGUUGGAUAAGAUUGCAAAAACUGCUUAAAAAAUGUUAUGGUCAUGGUCUCGAUAAAGAACAAAUUGUAAACAUAUUUUACAAUGGUCAAGACGAGAAUUCCCAAAUUCUACUUGAUGCGGCUGGUGGAGGAAUAUUUUUAUACAAAAGCGCAAAUGAUGCUUAUCAAGUCAUGGAGGACAAAGUGAUGAUGAGAAUGUCAAAGACCAAGGUUGAGGAAGGGAAAUCAAAGGCAGUAUCGUUCGUCGAAGCAAAGGAAGAAAGUUCAAGGAUGGAGGCAAAGUUUGAUACUAUGAUGAAUUUGUUCACUAACAAAUUCGACAGCCUAGAAAAAGAGAUGAAUAAUCUGAAAUAUGGUUACUCACAUGGUGGGGCAAGCCAUAACUCUGAAGAUUGUGAUGCAAUUGAGGUUCAUGAAGAGGCGAAUUAUUUGCAAAACAAUUACCAAGGAAAUAACCAACGUGGUGGGGUCAAAACCACAACCAAGGGAAUUUUACCAAUGGAACUUUUCAGGAGACUUGAUAUCCUCAGAGCUAACCACAAACAAGGCCUUCGUAAUCACCAAACGUCUAUAACUAAUUUGGAAAAGAAGUUGGAUCGCAUAAGUGAAACAUCAACAGACAGACCAACUGGUUCACUACCCAGCAACACGCAAUCAAAUCCGAGACCCUCAAGCUCAAACUCAAACCAAACAUAUAAGCCCCCUCCCGCUAGAACCGAGCAUGUAAAUGCUAUUUCUACAAAGGCUGGUAACAUUUACCAAACUAACAUUGAAAGUGCAGCUCCUACCGAUUCACCGAAACUUGUAUCCAAACCUGUAGAAGAUGACUUCACCGACGAUGAAAGUGUGCCAGAAGAGAUUGAAAUGGAGCCAAAACCAACAGAAAAGAGGCCAACUGUUUCCACUGAACUAGUUAAACCACCGCUGAAGGCGUACAAACCAAAGAUUCCAUACCCACAACGCUUGAGAAAGGAGAAGAUGGCGGCAAGAUAUGGCAAAUUUCUUGAGAUGAUCAAAGCAAUUCGCAUCAAUGUGCCAUUAGUUGAUGUACUUGCAGGGAUGCCAAACUAUGCUAAGUUCAUCAAAGAACUGUUGAACAACAAGGACAAGUUGGAGGAAGUGUCUGCAACAUUUUUGAAUGAAGAAUACAUAGCCAUUUUGCAAGAAUCAGAUUCCACCAAAGCUUGA